CGAAGCUGCCCCUCAAUCGACAUGCAUACAUGCAAAGGUCAGAGACCCAUACAUACGUAUGGGUUUUAUCGCGGGCGAGACUCGGGCCGGGUGAAAUAUACGAAAACUAAAAAGUGAUCGGAGCUGUAUCAAUUCCGACGACCAUAGUGUGCAUCGCUCGAGUGAAUUCAUUCCUCGUUAAAAUAUCGGGAAAUGAAGUGCCGAUUGGCUAUUGAAUAUAGUCAAAUUGCAAAAGAGAAUCGGUAUAACUUGAAAAGAAUUGUAUAGCGUCAUAACGUCAUGGAGAACUUUGUAAAGAUCGAGAAAAUAGGGGAAGGGACUUACGGCGUUGUAUACAAAGCUAAGGACAAACUUACCGGGAAACUGGUAGCCCUUAAAAAAAUUCGCCUCGAAACGGAAAGCGAAGGUGUACCAUCUACAGCUAUUCGAGAAAUAUCGUUAUUAAAGGAACUUACACACCCGAAUGUUGUUCAGUUGUUGGAUGUUGUUCACUGUGAAAAGAAGCUCUACCUUGUAUUUGAAUUUCUUCAACAGGAUUUGAAAAAGUUAUUAGAUUCUACCAAAGCUGGUUUGAGUCACAGUAUUGUAAAGAGUUAUUUACACCAAUUAUUGAAAGGCAUUGCGUUUUGUCACGUUCAUCGGGUCUUGCACAGGGAUCUGAAACCACAAAAUCUACUAAUAGAUAAAGAGGGAUACAUAAAAUUGGCAGAUUUCGGACUUGCCAGAGCAUUUGGAGUUCCGGUACGAACAUUCACACACGAAGUUGUAACCCUGUGGUACAGAGCUCCAGAGAUUCUUCUCGGAACUAAGUUCUAUUCAACAGCAGUUGACGUCUGGAGCUUAGGAUGUAUUUUUGCAGAAAUGGCAACAAGGCGAGCAUUAUUCCCUGGCGAUUCAGAAAUAGAUCAACUGUUCAGAAUAUUUCGUACUUUGGGAACUCCAGACGAAACUGUUUGGCCUGGAGUUUCGCAACUUCCUGACUACAAGUCAAUGUUCCCACGAUGGGAUGCACGGAGUUUCAACGAAGUUGUGCCAUCAUUUGACAAUGAUGCUGAAGACUUGCUCUCGAAACUAUUGACCUACGAUCCCAGCAAAAGAAUAACAGCUAGAAUGGCGUUGUCUCAUCCUUACUUCAACGGAGUAGAACUAGUUCCACCUCCGCUCAUCAAGAAAGACUGACGACUCGUAACACUGUACUAAUAAUAUGCAAUAACAUUCAAACAAUUCAAGUUUUUUUUAAAUAAAUAGAAUUUGAAUUACAAAGAAAUUCAACGCUACAUUCAAGUAUGAUUUAUAUGGUAGAAAAUUCACUGCACUUUCAGAAACAUAAUAUCACAGUCAAAAGCCAAUUUGGGCCAGUUUUCCAAAAGAGGAGUCAGUAUAGCAUUUCAACCCUUAAUUUUUGUUUCUUAUAUACGAUAAUCUUUGAAUGCGUGCUAUUAUCGAAUUAUAUCUUUAUACCUUUCUUCGAACGUUAGCGCAACCUGUGUUGUAAUAAAUUACAAAAAAAAAAAACGUGCCUCUGCAUCAGAUGUUGAUAAAACGAGGUAUUUUAAUCUUGUGCAACGUGCUAAAUUCACA